UUGACCGAGGAGGAUUAAACUUCGUUCGCACCAUAUUUGGAACAUCCGCCGGCAGUGAGCUGUUACAUAAACCAACUAAAUCAAACGUGGAUUCCGUUGCAGAACUACGACCCGCUGUUUUUUUUCUUAAACAAAUAGUUUAAAAAAAAAUACUCAGCCGACUGCUGCUAAUAUUACAAUAGAUUAAGAGGGGGGCUUGUUUGUGGGGCGGGCCGCCCGACCGGUCCCUCCGGCCGUUUCCAGUUAGUGAAUGGAGCGCACCCAGGUGGAACAACAGGUAGUAAACUCAAGGCGUCUUCUUCAAUUUUUUUCCUUCUUCUGUUUUCCCUUUUGCCCUUCUUUGGAUGCGGAAGCUGGAGUGAAGAACGUGCAGGGAUGAACGCUGAAGCAGCUGCUGCGCACUUUGUGUUGUGGCUUCCUUCGUGAGUGUAUGUGACGGGCUUUUGCCAUUCUUGGACACUUCGGGACGACUAUUUGGGGUCAAAAUCCGCUUCGUGUGCUCAGGACGCGGCCGUGUGGAAAUGAUGUGCAAAGUAAAGAGUUAAAAAAGCUGAUUUGAAAUCGUUUCCCGAAGGAGGUCAUGGAGGUUCUGCGCAAGUCGUCUGCGUUCGCCGCCGAGGUUCUGGAGGUGUUCGAGCGAUCCCUGACGGAGAAGGAGCUCGUAUCCCAGGCCAAGGCCUUGUGCCGGGACUUCAUCGUGUCCAGACUCAACCAGAACGGGCUGGCCUGGUCCAAAAGUGAACUCAAUCUGUCGCCUUCCGGGCCCGCCCUUGCCGACGUCUCCUUUGUGCUCGUCUGCCUGGGUGACGAGCUGGAACGCAUCCUUCCCAGCUUGUACAGGAACGUGGCCCGCCAGCUCAACAUUUCCGUUGCCAUGGAGACCAUGGUUUCAGAUGCUUUCAUCGGCGUAGCCACAGAGAUCUUCUCCACAGGCAUAACGUGGGGCAAGGUGGUGUCCAUGUACGCGGUGGCCGGCGCCCUGGCUGUGGACUGCGUCAGGCAAGGACACGCUAGCACGGUUCACAUCAUCGUGGACAGUCUGGGCCAGUUUGUCCGCAAGUACCUGGCUCAGUGGCUCAAGAGACGCGGAGGAUGGGUGGAACUGACCAAUUGUGUGGUGAAAAAAGACCUUUUCCCUGAACACCGCUGGCUGUCCUCUGCCCUGGAUUCCCUGCGAUACUACCUCACCUCCAUGUACGUGUACAUCAUGAAGGAAGCAUGACCACCACCAGAAUCUUUUAUCCCACCAUACGACACAUACAAAAGACACUCGCGGGGACCUUUCACACAUUUUGCUCGAGCUGGCUGGACUGAGAACCGAGAGCUGUUGGGUGGCCAUCAAAGAAUGUUUCCUCAGCAUCGUUCCCUUAUGUCUCACGGGAUUGGACUUCAUCCAAAGUCUAGUCACAAGACAUGCAAGGUGAUGGAACAUUUGCAUUUUCUCACACUGGUACAGGUGAGAUUAGCAGUGAAAGAUUUUGCACAGGACUUUACUCAUGAGAGAACUUCUAUAUUAUGUCUCCCCGGUUUUGUCUAAUUGCUUCAGUGCAAGCGUUUUGGGUCCUUUUAGAUUAAAAGUGCAGAUUUCACAUUCACCAUGAAUGCUGGGAUGCUUUUAAUUUUUUAUUUUAGGGCUGAAGAGGACUUCACAUGCACACGUUCAUGGUGUUUUCCUUUACUUUUAAAUGUGUACAUAGAUUAUUUUAUUUUGGAAACAAUUGAAGCAAUUGCAGUGUAUAGCAAAGCAGGUGCAAGAGAAUCUCUUCAGAAUGAUUGCGUGACAUGCUUUUUUUUUCUCUCUCUUUUAAAAUGUUAAUUCAUGUGCGAGAUUUUUUUUCUGCAAUAAAUGAUACAAUCCUGCAAAUAUAUUUUAUUUUUCUAUUCAUUCGUCUUUAUUAAAAUUGGACAAAUGAAAACCUUGAAAGUAUUAUGUCACAGGUGUCAAACUCAAGGCCCGUGGGCCUGAUCCAGCCAGCCACAUAAUUUUUUUGUGGCCCAUCAAAGCAAAUCAAGUGCGUCUAUGUCAUCUUUCUUACUGAAUGGAUUUGUUCUUUUCAUUUUGGCAGAAUAUCUGUACCAUUAGUAUUUUUUUAUUCACUUUUUACAGAUAUUACAAACAUUUGUUUUCACCACAUCCCUUAGCAUAAAAUUGACCCAACUGUUUGUAUUUGGGUGUCGAUAUCUUCUGUGACUUUUUAUUUCAAAUUUGAUUUGUUGUUAAAAAUAUAAGAAUGAAAUGCGGACACCCCUGCAUUACACCUUCAUGUUUCAUCCAUUUUCUUUUCUUUUAUUGUCCUUAUUCGGGAAGAUGACCUUGGAAAUGUACUUGGUAGCAAUUACAACUUACCCUGUUGAAAAUGUAAUAGUUUAAUAAUAUUUUUUCAUUAUUCUUAAUUUUGAAUAAAUGCAUCAACAGGACCCUUG